GUGGAUUGAUAAAUGGAUUGUCUGCUGGUCCGGUGGUCAGGUGGUCCGGUGGGCCUAGGAAUUCCCCUAUCUGGCCAACGUAGCGCGCACUCCGCAUUCUCAUCGAUGCUUCUGAGGUUCAAGUUCGUCGAUAGGUGCCCCAAGCCUACCGUUGACACCGGCUGCACAUUCUGCCGACCUGCUCUCCCAUUACCCAUAAAGCAGGGACCUCUUCACAACACGGCGGCGCUGCCUUGGAAACACGUUCUAAUUCUCAGUCACGGCUACCGCACUAUUUUUGAUGUACCUUCCAACAUUUAUAACGUCCCUGGUACUGCUCAGAAACUCCGCCAAUUGGGCAGCUCUAGGUCACCCGACUUCCCUGUACUUAUAAGUCACGUAUUCUUCUCCAACUACCGCGAGGUGCCUUCAAAGCCCGAAAAUGAGGUGGUUUACUUAUACCCAGACAAUUUGAGGAUAGAAUUUGAUAGACGUCAUUUACAACAGUUCAACGACAAAUAUUUAUUGCCGGCAAACCAUCAACCUGCACAACCAGUUUACAAUCCGUUUCAGAAGCCGGUGCCGACGGUUCCUCACUCUGCAAAAGUGGAUCUGGAUCUGGAACCUGUGGACAUUGACACUCCUAAACUGUCACUUAACUCUCAUGACACCCAAUCAGUAUUCUCCGAGUCACCGAUCGAUUCGUCGGUAUUUCUUGUGUGUGGCCACAACACCCGAGAUGAACGGUGUGGUAUUCUAGCACCUCCUAUAGUGGAGGAGUUGCAAAAGGUCGGCAAAGAAACCGACAUUUUCGGCUAUAUCACCCAUGUAGGUGGACACGCAUACGCAGGUAACAUGAUUAUCUACCCGGAAGGUAUCUGGUAUGGCCGUAUAGUUCCAGAACAUGUCCAGGGAGUAGUUGAGGCGUAUGGCAUGGGUCAUGUUAUUCGCGAUCUUUACCGGGGGCCUGUUUAGCCGGGAAAUUAAAAAGACUGGGCCCGCUUUACUGUCGGCGGGGACUUUGAGCAUCUGCCUGAGAGCCGCUCCAGGAAACAUCUACGCGUCAAUAUGUCCUGCCCCGGAUCUGGAUCAUACACCUAAUGCAGGCUCAAAAAUAAAAUAAAUAUUGCUGCUGAGUUCUACAGAAUAUAGAUUUAAUAAAAGAUCCUUUAGAUCUUCAUAGAUAUAUGAAUAUGCUGCAAGGUAGACAAAGUUCGUCUGCGAGCCUUUAUACCUUGCCGCAAUCUUU